GUGGAGGCGGCAUUUCCCUCGCCGCACGCCGGCGGAUGGAGGGUAGUUUAGUCUUUUAACCUUUUUCUCUGUUUUUGUCCCAAAAGAUAAAACGAAAAUGACUUCUUUUGAAAAGGAGAGAAGGCAUAUAUCGCGUGGAUUUGAAGACGAAGAGGAAUCAUAAAAAGCCUAACGAAGAAGACGAAGAAGAAGAGGAACAAACAACCAUGGGUGAAGUGGUUAAGCUAUGAAAACAUGAAUCGCCGCCGAUUGUUAAUUAAGUGGUCUUCAAUCACUGAUCACUAUUCCAAUUUUGAUUUUUGUUUUAUUUUAAUCAUCAAAUUUGAUGUUUUCUAGUUUCACUUGUUGUGUAUGAAAUUCAGGCUUUGUCUUGGAGGUUGCAAUCGAAAAUUUCACUAAUUGCUGAACGUUUUUUGUUUCUCUUUCAAGCUUAGCAUCAUAAAUUUAUGUUUUCUUGUUGUGUUUGUGUAUGUGUGUUUUUGCUUAGGAUGGAAGAGAAGAAGUGAUCCAGGCAUGGUAUAUGGAUGAUAGCGAAGAGGAUCAGAGACUUCCUCACCACAAGGAUCCUAAGGAGUUUCUAUCUUUGGACAAACUUGCAGAGCUGGGAGUACUUAGCUGGAGACUUGAUGCUGAUAACUAUGAAACCGAUGAGGAUUUGAAAAAGAUCCGCGAAUCUCGUGGUUACUCUUACAUGGACUUUUGUGAGGUAUGCCCGGAAAAGCUUCCAAACUAUGAAGUGAAAGUGAAGAGCUUUUUCGAAGAACAUUUGCACACUGAUGAAGAGAUCCGUUACUGCGUUGCAGGAAGCGGUUACUUUGAUGUGAGGGAUCGCAAUGAAGCUUGGAUUAGAGUAUGGGUAAAGAAGGGAGGUAUGAUAGUCUUACCUGCUGGAAUAUAUCAUCGCUUCACCGUAGACUCAGACAACUAUAUCAAGGCAAUGCGGCUUUUCGUGGGUGAACCGGUCUGGACACCAUACAAUCGCCCACACGACCACCUCCCUGCAAGGAAAGAGUACAUCGAUAAUUUCGUGAAGGUGAAUGAAGGUGGUGUCAUAGACGCGUCAGCCUAG